GCACGUCAAAGCCGGGCUCAGGCCGGAGCUGGGCGCGGGGCGCCAGGAGCCGCGCGGCCUGAGAGAGUCUGGGGCUUCAGUAGCCGCGCGAAGGCUGAGACAACCUCAGAGGCGAAGGCAGUGCGGGACCUCACGGCCACAGCCGCAGCCCUACCGAGCGCAGCACCGCGGCGGCCACAGCAGGAACCCCUGGGCCACCGUCCGCCCGCGCAGCCGCCGCCGCCGCCGCGGGAGCCCGUCGCCCGGAGCAGCUGCGGGCGGAGGACAACGGAGGGCCGGAGCGUCCGAGCCGCGCCGCGGGGACCGAGCGAGCAGCCCGAGGCGGCGGCGGCCGAGGACGGGGACGGAGACGAAGCAGAGAGGGAGCUCCCUGGCCCGGCCCAGCCCGGUGAGUGAUCCCCCGGCCCGGCCCUGCUCGCGACGCGGACGCCCGCCGGCUUCCGCCCGACCCGCCUCCAUUUUCCCGGGUGGCGGCGGCGGGAGCGGCCCGGAGCAGCCGGAGCUCCGGGCGCCGCCCUUGUCCUCGCCCGUACUAGGCUCCGGGGGCCUGCCGGCCGGGGCUACAACUAACCGGGGUAGAGCUGGCCCGGCCAGCUGUCACUCCCGCCGCUCCGGGGACUCCGAGCACCUAGCCCUGGGCUCCGCGUAGCCUCACUGUUAGCGGGACGCUGACACUAUCUUUGUAGGGGACCUUUCAGGAAAAUGCCUAACUGAUUUCUGGCUAGGAAUUGUGCGUUCGGCGCGUUCCCGGGUUCGGUUGGAGCAAUCCAAAACGCCGACUGCGUGCCGGUGCCGGAGCGACUCCGAGGUGAACCCGGCCGGGAGGUGCCCUCCCCUGGGGAGCUUUAACGCGGUGAUGUGAGAGAUAAGACGAGUACACAAAUAGCUAAGAUACCAGGCAGGAGGGGGAUAGAUAAGUUCCGUUUAGGAACUACCAAUUGCUAGAAAGGUGCUCCGGGGUGACUGGACCUGUCGAUCGUUUCCGCCUUCCCACGAACCUGGGAGGCUUCCUGGGCGAGGCGGUGCUAAACCGGGUCUAGAAGACUCGAUUGGAUUCGGGAGAAGGGGGUUGCAGUGGAGAAGGGCGUGGAGGGGCAACAAAGCUGGAGGACAAAGGUACAAAGAGCAUGCGAAUGUUGCCAAUUCCAUCACCGGGUGCCGUGAUAGGUGGGGUAGACUAAAGAGGCAUUUGGAGUCAGAUCUUUGAAUGCUGUAGAGGAGCUGUUUGAACGACCUUCCACGGAAAACUUAGAACUCAUUUUUCAGUGACUCAUGAGGCCGGAAAUGUAUGCUAGGGCAUAUUAAAGGCGCUCUUGAGAAAGACAGGCGAGCAGAGAAGGCCACAGUCAGGACUUAGCAUUGUUUCCUAAAUAUAAUGCAGUUUGAGGUCGAUUUUGACAGCUUCCGGGAUAUUUAAGUAAAUCUAUGUCCAAGCCAAGGAAAAUACCUUUUGUAGAAAGUGUCACUAGAUGCGUGCUUAUCUGAAGUAAUUAAAAGAGGUGCCUAAAUUAACCUUCUCUACACACAAGGCAUUUGCGUUGUAAGAUCUAGCUGCUGCUGCUGCUGCUGCUGGUGGUGGUGGUGGUGAACGCUUUUAGCCUCUGCACUUUGGAGACGGAGGAGGGCCAGGCCAGGCCAGGCCAGCCGGCUAGAUCACAGUCAAGCAGGUAGAGUGCCGUGGAAGCCUCUGGCGCUGCCGUCAUGCCGUUCCCAUUUGGCAAGUCUCACAAGUCUCCGGCAGAUAUUGUGAAGAACUUGAAGGAGAGCAUGGCUGUUUUGGAAAAGCAGGACAUUUCUGACAAAAAGGCAGAAAAGGCUACAGAAGAAGUUUCCAAAAAUUUGGUCGCCAUGAAAGAAAUUCUGUACGGCACCAAUGAGAAGGAGCCUCAGACAGAGGCGGUAGCUCAGCUGGCUCAGGAGCUGUACAAUAGCGGGCUCCUCGGCACCCUGGUAGCUGACUUACAGCUCAUUGACUUUGAGGGCAAAAAAGACGUGGCUCAAAUUUUCAACAAUAUUCUCAGAAGACAAAUUGGUACAAGAACUCCUACUGUUGAAUACAUCUGCACCCAACAGAAUAUUUUGUUCAUGUUAUUGAAAGGGUAUGAAUCUCCAGAAAUAGCUCUUAAUUGUGGGAUAAUGUUAAGAGAAUGCAUCAGACAUGAACCACUUGCAAAAAUCAUUUUGUGGUCAGAACAGUUUUAUGACUUCUUCAGAUAUGUUGAAAUGUCAACAUUUGACAUAGCUUCAGAUGCAUUUGCUACAUUCAAGGAUUUACUUACAAGACAUAAAUUGCUCAGUGCAGAAUUUUUGGAACAACAUUAUGAUAGAUUUUUCAGUGAAUAUGAAAAGCUACUUCAUUCAGAAAAUUAUGUGACAAAGAGACAGUCACUGAAGCUUCUGGGUGAGCUGCUGUUGGACAGACACAACUUCACAAUUAUGACAAAGUACAUCAGCAAGCCUGAGAACCUCAAGCUAAUGAUGAACCUCCUCCGAGACAAGAGCCGCAACAUCCAGUUCGAGGCCUUCCACGUGUUCAAGGUGUUUGUGGCCAACCCCAACAAGACGCAGCCCAUCCUAGACAUCCUCCUCAAGAACCAGACCAAGCUCAUCGAGUUCCUCAGCAAGUUUCAGAACGACAGGACCGAGGACGAGCAGUUCAACGACGAGAAGACCUACUUAGUCAAGCAGAUCAGGGAUUUGAAGAGAGCCGCCCAGCAGGAAGCCUAGUGUCUACUCAGCCCCGGUCCCAUCCAAGCUCAGCACUGGCUGUCAGCUCCUCAGCAUCAGGCACUCUCAUCGGUUCAUGGGGAGCACUACUGCUAAUCUGCUGUUAAGUGAACGGUUUUUCAUUUUACCUUUUUGUUUUUCAGUCCAGGUUGGAGAACGUAGCUGCUGCUGCUUGCACAUUAGAGCGCACGUGGUCUUUCUUUCCCUUGAUCUCUGUGUCAUUUCAGAACUCACAGACUCCAUUUGCUACAGGAGUUCUGAACAUGGCUGGGUUCAUGAAAGCAAAUGAGAGUGAGAGUGGUCUAGGGAAAAGACGGUGAUACAUCGCUGACACCUGCCCGUCCAUCGGCACUGCUCUCUGCAGGUCUGUGCAGUAUGGCACGGGCAUACCCACCAUCUCUGCCGAAGGAAGAUGGCGCAUACAGGGAUUGUUGGAGAACUGUAUCCAGUGUGAGCUUUGGGGAGGAUAAAGUUGGUGUGCAAAUAAAUUGAUACUGAAGCUUAGCAACUUGUCAAGUGUGGAGCUUCAUAAGGUCAUAAGAAAGUGUAUAUAUGCUUUUUCACAGCUUUCUAGAACUUUGUGACAUUUGAUUUUCUUGAAACUUGUAAACCUGGAUAGGUUGAAGGGUGUUUUAAUUUUACUUUUGAAGGUGUUUUAAAACAGUAGAGCUAGCAGCAACACCUUAUGUUUCAUUUCAACACUGCUUACAGGUUUCUUUUGUAUAUAAUUCUUAGAAUGCUCAUUUCUUUUAAAUCGUUUAAUUUGUACAGCAGAGGAAUGUUAUUGUAGUAGUAUGUAACUAUUACCUGAGUUUUGCAACAAACAAAAAACAAAAAAAAGAAUGCUCAUAUGUAAUUGAAAUACUUGAGAUUACAUGAAAAUGCUGAUUUUAACAUUUAAGGAUCACAGCAUUAAAAGAAAAAGAACCAAUCCCUUGUAUUCAGUUACCCAAUGGGGCGCCGUUGGCAGGCAGAACUACAUACCUGGAACUCUGUCUGCUACAUAUUCUUGCAGAAUAUUGGCCUUAUUCAUUUAAAAUGAGUCCUAAGGUUGCCAUAUCUAUGAAUGAUACAGAUUAUGCUAAAUAAUGCUGGUUUUUUUGUUUUGUUUUGUUUUGUUUGUGAGGGACCUCCUAUAGAGCACCGUUUCUUUCUUAGAGUAAUAUCCAGUACAGUAGCCGAGUAACUGAAUAAUUCUAACUUUGGCUUCUCUAAGGGAAAGAAGAGCCCUGGUCCUGAUGUCCUGGGAGAGAUGGAUGGGUUUAAUGUCCUUUUCCUUAAUGCUGCAGAUGAUCAGUAUUUAUAAAGUAACCGAUUUUGCACCACUUUUUGUGACUGUGACCACAGCAGAACAAUGUCUCCUAGACUGUAUCUACAUAAAGUUACUAGAAUGGUGUCUGUCUGUCUUAGUGACACACGGAUCACAACUAACAACUUAAAAUCAGAGUUUGCCCGAUCCAAUUCAGCAUGGCUGUAGCUGACUAAAAAAAUUUACAUAAUUAUUCUUUGUUAGCCUCUCUUACUAACUGAAUUAUUCAUUGGCCAGUAAAAGGAGCCUCCUAGCUGACGUUUUAGCAGGUUUUAAGGUUUCCUUCAAGGAAUACAAGUCAGAAAAACCACUCCAGAAAAUAUAGGUCUGUUCUAUUUCAUCUAAAUGGCAGUCUACAGUAAAGGGUUUCCAAGGCUCUCUUUACCCAUGUGCGUGCGUGUAUAGUUGAUGGUCUCUAGUAGAGAUAGAGAAAGCAUUCAGGCUUCUGGACAAGGACAUUCUCAGCUGGGUAGUGUGCAGACUCAGCUGUGCUAAGUGACCCAGUCCUUGCCACCGCGUUGUGAGUCAGGAUUUGGUGACAGAGUGGCCAUUUCACCAAGUGGAAGGAGUGUCUCUUUGCCAAGCUAGCUCUUAGAACUUGAGACAACAGAACAGUUUCCACUUGGGCUAACACAGAGAGCGGUGCUAGAGUCUUGCUGUGGAAGAUGGGAUGCAGUGUGUCAGGGAACUGUCACUCACACAUUGGAAGCUGAGGGCUGAGAAGGCUUUCUGGAUUGUUUUUAAACAGAACAAUGUGAAAACAUUCAAGAUUGAAAAGUUGCAUUUAAAGUGUGAUCACUUUCUAGGUUCCUAUUACCAGAACGAUUAUCCUGGGUGUGGUUUCUUUGGUGUUAUAAAGGGUUAAUUUUACUUAAGGCAGUUACUUAAUGUGAUUUUUUUUUUUUUAACCCUUAAAAAAAGUGGGAGAUGUAUACAAUUGUUAAUGACAUGAAAGUGUUUCCUUUCUCCUGAGGAAAAGUGAAUUUCUUAUCAGAAUAUCUGGCUGGCCCUGUAAUUUAAAUUAAAAUAAAAUUUUGGAGAAACUGU